UUUCUCCUUCUAAGACAAAUUUGAGUUGGAACCGAGUGCAUGAAUCCUUAACGUCUCAAAUUAUAAUAAAACCUGGUUGUGAACGUGAUUUUUUUUUCUCUUGAGGCUGUCAGUUUGCCGCAUUGGGAUGCAAUCCGCGCAGAAGUGAGUUCGGCACGGGAUUGAAUUAAUUCUCCCCUUUCUCCAUUCAAUAAUUUUCAAUCAUCUGCACAAGAAUUACAGAACACGUAGCUACUAAAUCAUCUACCCCGAUCUGCAUGGAUGUAGAUGCCUGGAUGUUAGGAAAGCUGUAGAGGAAAGCAAGAUUGAACGCGGUGCUGGGAGGCGGAGCAGGUGUAGCAUUAGGCAACUACGACCCAUAUCGCAAUCACCUUAAACAUUAAUAGUGUUGGUACUGCCCAACCUUACUGCAGUGGCUCCGAGACAGAACAGGACAAACAAGAGUGAAGGACCCUGGGAUACAUUGCCCAGCUGCUUCUCUGCGCCUGCUACAUCAUGGGUAACCACGCUGGCAAGGACGACCAUGGCCCCACAGGUUCUCAUUUAGAUCUAUUCCACACCCCUGCCAGCUCACCCUCUGACUCUGAUCUGGCGGCCAUGGCCUUAUCUCAGGGACUGCGGGGGACCCAAUCGCCAGGAACGGCCAGUAAAACGGCCUCAUCCAGCAACACCACCAUCACUGACUGGAGCCACACACUAUCAGUCCCCCCGGAGUGGGCUCUUAUUGGCCUGGAUAGCAGCAGUUCUCCAGAGGGGACGGGGAUCGAGGCGGGGCGCAGGGGGAGGGCUGUGGGCCGAACCAGCAGUCCCACUGGCCCAGCUCCCCCAGGGCAGAGGGCUACCUCCGGGAGCUCUCCAUCGGGGAGCUGCCCCUCGGAGCACAGCUGGCUGGAGCGGGAUAGUGGGUUGGGCUGCCAGGCGGGAUUGGACAGGCCUGGGGAGGAGAUGGUUCUGGCUCUCCUGAAUCUGUUGGAACACCACCGGGCUUCACUAGGGCUCCAUCCUGGCAAGGAUGCCACAGCUGGAGCAAUCGAGCUGCUGAGACAUUUGCUGGUAGAGAGAGAGGAGCUGGCUGAGGAGGUGCGCAGCAUGAAGGACACACUGAGGACAGAGAGGGAAGAAUGGCAGCAGUUCCAGAGCGACCUCCAGGUGGCGGUGUCUGUGGCAGACCGGCUGCGGAUGGAGGCGGAGGAGGCUCUGGGCACGCUACGGGAGCGCCACAGGGACACGGAGGGCCAGCUGGACCAGGCGCUGAGCAGGGAGCAGGAGAGGGACCGGGACCUGGAGACCUUGCGGGCCGAGCACAGGGACACCUGCCUCAGACUGACGGCCCUCACCGAGGAGCACCAGCAGAACCAGGCCCAGCUGGACGCACUGAGGAGCAUGCUCAGGGAGAGGGAGAGGAGGGAGGGGGUUGGAGAGACGGAGGGAGGCCAGACGGAGGAGAGUGCGAGGAGGACUGGGAAAGAUCUGCAACUGGUUGCGAUACCGGCUGGGACAGACAAAGUAAGGGAAGAUUUGGAUAAUCAGAGAGAUUCUGAAGGAGAGAACAGAGCAGAAGAUCGAGGGGAUGGUAGGACACAGGGGUCUGUUCCUGAGGAGUUCCCUAAAGGAGAAGAGAGUCAGGUGACUAGGAAAGGGGUGGCGGAAGCCUACUUGCAGAAACUGGCAGCCGUGGAGAAGAAGAGGGAGGAUGGGUGUGGCCUGAGAGACCCGCGGAGGAUUGUGAUGAUGUCAGAACGUUCUUGGAGUCUUUCUCGUCUUCCCCUUCCAAUUGAUCCCCCCUCCAGACAAAAUGGUACCUCCCAGAACCCUACCAGUACGACAUUACCUCUAUGCAAGAAAGAAGACUCAACCAAGGAAAAGAGGAUGGACCGCAUUCUGAAAAGACAGGAUAGCUGGUCAAGUUUCUAUACAAAAAAACAGGAGGAGGAUCAAAACACAGACUUUGUCAGACCUCAAGAUGGUUUCAGCAUGUUGCUGCGCCGACACGGAGGAUCCAGGAGGAACUCUCUCCUGCGUUGGUGUCAGAGCAGAACGCAGGGUUACGAGAAUAUUGAGAUCACCAACUUCAGCAGUAGCUGGGAGGAUGGGCUAGCCUUCUGCGCUGUGUAUCACACCUACAUGCCCACACACAUUCCCUACAGCAGUCUCAACCCUGAAGAAAAGAAGGAAAACUUGUGCCUGGCUUUCCAGACAGGAGGGAGUAUAGGAAUUACAGCAACACUGACCGUGGAGGAGAUGCUAAGAGCGGGUGGCCCUGACUGGCAGAGAGUACUAGGCUAUGUUGAAAGUAUGUAUCGCCACUUCGAGAUGUGAAGGGCAUUUUUCUACACAUUCAUCCCCUCAAGCUGUUUGCCUCCGACCAGGUAUAUUUUUGCUUACAGACGAGGGACUGAAUUUGAACCACAAGAGGGAGUGCUUUAAUUGUGGCUCAAAAUGAACUGUGCUUCAAACUGCUUUUAUUACCAGAGCCCCCUGCUGACACUGGAGUGUAACUGCAGGAUAUCUAUACACAGUGGUGGUUAAUUCACUCAUGGGUAAAUACACUAACCUGGUAUCAGAGGGUGCUGCCGCUAAGAGCUGUUUUGAAGUUAAAUACACGGUUUUCCCUGGACACUGAAAACCCAUUGGACAAUUUGUACCAAAUAAUGAUCAAAUUGACUGUGGAUGCUGAUCCACAAGGGGUAGAGUACAAGGGAUAGAUAAUCUGCACUUGAUCAACUCUACAAUUAAUUUACUUUGGUCACUUUUGGGGAUUGUUCACCAUGUUUUGCACAUGUUGUUGCCUUUGUAUGAGCACUUUAUCCACAAUGUGAAUUUAAGUUUUAAAUUAAUUAUUUUAAUGCAAUGAGACACUUCAAUCCCAACCUCUGACAUCUAUUAGCCUAUUUUGGCAGUCUGAUGCUCCUGUAGCAAUUUGUUAAGUUCCUAUGUUGGUAUGCAUCCAAACUCAAAGCACAACAGAAGGGUGGACAUCUGAAAUGUCUAUCAACAUGUGUAUAAUAAUGAGCCCUGAGUUUAUUUAGUGGUGAUUGUACAUAAUCAACAGGAUUACUUCAAAAAACUAAAAGACUGCCUAUCCUAUACAAGUAAGCUAUUUAUGAUGUCAUAUUUUUAAUUCACAUAUAGCAUAUUUAUAUACGUUAACUGUUUUAAUUGUAUGCAAAUUAAAGUGCCGUUGGGUGUGUCAGGUGGACGAACCAGCUACGGAGUGCAGGCAUUUGUCUUCUGAGUUGCACCUUAUGAUGAUGUGAGGACUGAGCCUUCUAUAGGUCCUCUCCUCCUACAAGAUGGAUUCUGUUUUUUUUUUAGUCUUGCUCUUGUCUCUAAUCUCUACAAUGUGUGUCUAUUUCGUUAGCAAGUUGAAAUACACUGAAAAGUUUUACUGUGACAUGCCUAAUAUUAAUGAUAAUAAUUAAUGUUGCCAAAGCCUUAUUGCAAUAAUAAAGUUUAUGCUAAAGUGUU